UCCUCCUGCAAGGACACGCGCCCGAAACGCGCAGUGAUACACAUAUAGCGUUUCAUUUUCCUAUUACAGCAUGUCUUAGACAUCGACAGCCGGGGUCCAAGCUCAUAAGAUAACUGAUAAUCAUGGAGAAAGGGAACCAAGGUAUUUCUCACUUUGAUCACUUUCUCCAAAAUCAAGAAUCAUCAGUGGUCAACAAGUUCCAGCAGAAAUACUGGAAAACCAAGCAAACACUGAUUAAAGUCACAGGAAAGAAGGAAGAUGAACAUGUGGUUGCUUCCGAUGCGGAUCUGGACGCUAAACUGGAGGUGUUUCAUUCAGUACAGAGAACGUGCAUGGAGCUCCUUAAGGUGAUUGAACAGUAUCAAAUGAGAAUCAGACGUAAGUACACUGAAAAUUCACAGUAUGCUAAAGUCUGCUACUUUUUUCACAAGGCAAGGGAUAACUUUUUGCUGCACGCUACUGGGAAAGCUCUCUGCUUCUCUUCACAGCAGAGAUUGGCGCUGCGAGGUCCGCUGGGCCGUCUGUACCAGGAGGUGGAGACGUUCCGUUACCGAGCUAUUUCGGACACAUGGCUGACAGUGAACAGGAUGGAACAGUCACGGACCGAGUACAGAGGAGCUCUGCUCUGGAUGAAGGACGUUUCUCAGGAGCUCGACCCGGACACACACAAGCAGAUGGAGAAGUUCCGUAAGGUUCAAACCCAGGUGCGUCAUACCAAGACAGGUUUUGACAAACUGAAGAAUGAUGUGUGUCAGAAGGUUGAUCUGCUCGGAGCCAGUCGCUGUAAUCUGCUCUCACACGUCCUGACAGCCUAUCAGACCACAUUGCUACAUUUCUGGGAGAAAACCUCUCACACUAUGGCUGCUAUUCAUGAGAGCUUCAAAGGCUGCCAGACUCAUGAGGCUUCAGCGCUGGGGGGUUCAGAUCAAGCUGCAAAGAAAAAGGUAAAGAAGAAAACGAAGGCAAAAGCAGACGAUGACGAGACGAGUCAGAAUACAGAUGAAACGCUUAUUUCAAUUGAAGAAGAAACUCUGAGCAGUAGCCUCAUGCAAACAGGAAAUGAUGACACUUUCUCUGGCGGUCAGGAGCAGGAUGGCUUGAGUUUGUUGAAUGAGAUCCUGGGCAGCAGUUCUCUGGAGGACGGGGGUUUCUCACAGGAAUGGCGUGAGGUGUUUGGAGAAGAUGAUCCGACCGGCAGUAGCAGAGCAGAGACGCAGCCGCCCGAGGACGAGCCCGCUUUCUUUCUGCCUUCUACUCUACUCGACCAGAACAUGAACGACCUACAGUCCACAGUCUCAGGUUGGACAACAGCCAUUCCACAGAAUAGUCCUGAAAACUCAUCUGUAGCAAGUCAAAUCUCUUCCAAAUCUGCAGUGAAAGAUACUUCAAAAGAUCUCUCUGCUUGGUUCAAUCUGUUUGCCGAUCUGGAUCCGCUGUCAAACCCGGAUGCGAUCGGCCGAACCGAUGAGGAACACGAGCUACUGAACGCGUAAUCUGUCCUGUUACAGCUGCACUUUAUCGCUCUUGUGGCACAAGAGGCCUACAGACGCCUGCACUGGACAGAUAGCAACACUGGUUUCUCUAUGCCAUAGCAGUUAACCUUCAUUAUUUCAUGAAUAAACACUUGCUGCCAAAGGAAACUAAUAAUCAUCACUCUGGCCUUGAUUCUUUUCCAUUUGCUAGUAUUGUCAAGGCAGUUUGAAUUGCCAUAACAAUGCGGAUUUUCUUGUAUUACAUAAAUGUAUAUACUACUGACACAUUAUCAUUAUCAGCAACAGUAAGUAGUUUGGG